AUGCGUCUUCUGCAGCGCAAGGACGGCGGUAACUACAGCCUAACGGAGUUUGUGGGUGAUACCAUCCCAGAUUAUGCCAUCUUAUCUCACACCUGGGGCCCAGACCAGGAAGAGGUCACCUUUGCAGAUCUAGAGCAAGAUGCAGGCACGACCAAGACCGGCUACCGGAAACUUCAAUUCUGCGCAGACCAGGCUGCUAAGGACGGCCUCUGCUACUUUUGGGUCGACACUUGCUGCAUCGAUAAGUCGAGCAGCGCAGAGCUGACUGAGGCUAUUAACUCCAUGUUUGCCUGGUAUCGCGACGCUACCCGAUGCUACGUGUACUUAUCCGACGUUCCGACCAGCAGCCUCAACAGUAGCCUCACCAGCAGCACGCCUGCCCAACAACACUGGAACCUUGCGUUCCAGCAGAGCAAAUGGUUCACACGAGGCUGGACGCUUCAGGAGCUAGUCGCCCCAGUGUCAGUUGAGUUCUUUUCGGCUGAGGGCGAGCGGCUCGGCAACAAAUACUCGCUGGUGCAGGAACUUCACAGUGUUACUGGGAUCAGCGUUGAGGCUCUCCAGGGAAGCCGCCGUCUAGAUCAACUCAGCGUUGACGAACGCAUGUCUUGGAUAGGGCAACGCAAGACAAAGCGCGAAGAGGAUGCAGCGUACUCACUGCUGGGCAUCUUCGACGUGCAUAUGCCGCUCAUAUAUGGAGAAGGUCGGAGGAAGGCGUUUGCCCGGUUGCAAAGGGAGAUCCACAGAGCUUCUAGUGAUGCGCAUUCUUCUCCAUCUCAUAACGAUAUGUCGCAAAGCCAUGGCCACGUUACACAUGCCUACAAUGGACCUGUAUUUUACGGACCUAUAUCGGGUCGCUAUGUAGUACCAGGAACACACGUUACAGGGGGUACAGUCAACUUUGACUUCAGAGAAGGGCGCGACGUUAGUCAGUAG